GAAACGCGAGGACACGGACCGGACGGAACAGCGAAACGGUCGGUUCGGAUCCCGAAACGCGGAGGCAAGUUGCUUCGCUCUCCCUCCGCCGUUGAGCGCGCGAACCGAGAAAUUUGAAUCCGCAAGGACUACGAGAUGGAAGAUCUGUGCAAAUCGUCGCUGACGUUCUUCUCCGAUCAGCAGCUCUGCUAUGCCGACGUUCUCCCCCCGCCGGAGGUCCGGGCGAGGAUAGAAAUCGCGGUGCUCAACUUCCUCAGGAUACUGAACUCCCCGGAACCUGCAAUCUCACUUCUCCCUCUGAUCAAUAGAAGGAUGAGUAACAGCAGAGUUAGUCGGGGAUUAUUGACUGAUGUUCCGUGGAUUUUCCUCUCUCACUCAUUUUGCACGAGUUCCCUCAUGAAAGCAACUGCUGCUAAAGCUUUUAUUCGAGUAUGGAAGGUGAUGGAGAUGUGCUUUCAGAUCCUAGUUGAGGGAAAGCGAGUCACGCAGCGAGAGCUCUUUUACAAACUACUAUGUACCUCACCCAAUUAUUUCAGUUCUCAGCUGCAGGUUAACAGGACGAUCCAAGAUGUUGUUGCAUUGCUUCGUUGUAGCCGAUUCAGUCUUGGAAUAAUGGCAUCUAGCAGAGGACUUGUUGCUGGACGCCUGUUGCUGCAGGAGCCAGGUAAAGAGGAGAUUGAUUGUGGUGCAACUGGCUCUUCUGGACAUGCAAUCUCUGGAGACCUGAGUUUACUGGGCAAUUUGGUCAUGAGGGCAGAUGCACGCUACAUCAUCUUGGUGGAAAAGCACGCAAUAUUCCAGCGCCUGGUGGAGGACCGUGUUUUUAAUCAGAUUCCGAGCAUAUUAAUCACGGCCAGAGGAUACCCAGAUAUAGCAACCAGAUUUCUCCUUCAUCGAAUGAGUAGGAAUUUUCCUGAGCUGCCAAUUCUAGCACUGGUAGACUGGAAUCCUGCUGGAUUAGCUAUUCUUUGCACCUUCAAGUUCGGAAGCAUAGGAAUGGGCCUUGAAGCGUAUAGAUAUGCUUGUAAUGUGAAGUGGUUGGGAUUGCGAGGAGAUGAUUUGGAGUUAAUUCCUCAAGAAUCUCUCACUCCAUUGAAGCCAAAAGACCUACAAAUUGCGAAAAGCUUGAUCUCUUUGGAAAUCUUGCCGGAAAGUUACCUGCAAGAGUUGGCGCUAAUGACACAGAGUGGCUGUAGAGCAGAAAUCGAAGCUCUCUACUUCAAUGGGUAUGAUUAUUUGGGAAAGUACAUAGCCACGAAAAUCGUACGGGCCAAUUACAUUUAAUCUGCUAACUGUAAAAAGGUAGCAGAACACUGCUAGUAGCAGACAUGAAGAGAAGUUGGACUGAUAAAACAGAGAAAAGAAUGCCUCCUAACUGAUUCAAAGUCCUAUUAGUAGAAGCAAGAUGAUUUUCUGGAGUUGGGUCGAGAUCAAAAUCUAGGAAACAUACACCUCCCAGGUACUCUAAGUGGAUUGACAAGCUGUCGACGUUUGACCCCGAAUAAUUUUGGACAAUAUAGCACGAUAAAGGGAGCUAAGACCAUCGGUUAAGCAGGUAAUUGUCAGUCACCUACUUGAUAUGCAACUUUUAGUCAGAUACUGAUACAUUCUCUUCUGCAGAGCCUAUAAAACUUAUCGGUUUUCAAUUGUUUGAUUGUACAUGUCAAUUUGCUGGAAGUUGCACAUUUAGUUUCGGUGAUUAAUAUUCAUCCAAUAUUUCUCAUUAUCGUCAUCUCUCCCUCUAGACGACCAUGGGGCAGGUUAAGUUUCACAGAGUGCUGGGGGACAUCUGAUGUAAAUGCUUGGACAAGUUCUCUCCGAUGUGAAACGCAAAGAGUGUU